AUGUGCAUGGGGUUGAACCCAUCUCUGUUCAAUUCUUUGGUGAACUCAGGCUUUAGCCUUGUAAUCUCCAUCACAAAACCAUCAUGCCCUGAUGCAGAAGCAAUAUGUAAGGGGUUGCCAAUGGAGAACAAGUUGACGGUGUGGAGGAUCAAAGGAUUUUCUCGUAGUAACUCAUGCAAAUCUUCGAUGCUUCCAAUUUGAGCAGCCUGAAUCAACCUCGCAUCCAUUUGUUAUUGGAACAAGUUAUUUUCUCUUGCUGCUGAUAGAUGUUAUAAUUUGUGUGUUAUUGCAUAUCUUAUAGAAGAUGAUUCAUUUGAACACAAUUUAUUCACCUUAUCUUUUGUGACCAAGGAUUUAUGAGGUUAGUGAUAAAAAAAUUUUUUUUUU